GAUGCGGUAAAGUUUACCUCUCAUGAGUAACAUUAUCUCAUAAUUGUAACAUUAGUUAGGCAACAAGUGAGUACUAUAGGGUUAUGCAGUAACUAGUUUCAGAGAACCAUGUCACAUCACUGGCUGCUUAUCACCAUUUCCUGGUUCGGAACCGCCAGACUUCAGCACAUAAGCACUGGAGGCCCUGGAGCUGACACUAUUUUGGACAACUUAGAGUCAAAUCUGAAUUAUCCAUUACCGUAUUUGAACUACUUUAAUCUUCCAUCCAGAAAUGACUUCGAUAAUUAUCAGAGCGAUGUAUCAAGUAGCCAAAACUUCAAUCAAUAUUACCAUAUGAAUGACCAUGACCAACCAGAUUUGCAAAGAAAACGAAGAACUGCUGAAGAUAUAGAGGAAGUAAAGGACAAACGCUGGCUCCCGAAUCUUGUUGAUACAGAUAAAACUAUGUACCUUCAUAAUGAUGACUUGUUGGGAAGCCCAUUUGUCGCAGCGUUCACUGGUACAGCUGAAGAAAAUGGUACCAAUAUGAACCUUGUAGGACCAUUGGAUAAGAAAAGUUUUAGCCCUUGGGGUGGCAAACGGGAUAAGCCAAACAUAGAAAAUAUGUGGACGUGGAAGCGCGCUUCCAACUUAAGAGAACCUAGUAUGCCCAAGAGAGUGCGGUUCAGCCCUUGGGGCGGAAAACGAAGUGGUCUAAUGAUGUACAAACCAGGCUCGAAAGGUUCCAAGAUCAUUUUCUCAUCAGCAAUGCCAGAGGUGACUCGAGUCGUAACAAAUUUCUCGCCAAACGGUGAAAGAUUUGACUUGGCCGGCUUUCAAUUCGUCCCAACAUUGGACAAACGACAUCCAAUUAAAAUUCUCGCCUUGAGUACCAAAUUGGACGAGAAGACUUUAAAGGAUGCAUUGCCAUUCAAGACAUUCUUAGAGAGCUUACCAAAAAUAUAUAAGCCGGGACAUCCUUACAUAGAUGUAAAUUUAAAAAAAGACGGCAAGCGAAAAGUGAAGUUUAGCGCGUGGGGCGGAAAGCGAUCUCCUCCUAUUAUAGGACCAAUCUGGACUCCUGCACCAUCCGACAUCAAGGAGUCCACUCUGAACACUAUACUCUUAAUAAAAAAUAAUCAAGACGAGCAAACAUUGAAGGCACUGUAAUAUGGAAACAAUUUGAUCUCACAUUUAGUUUAUAGCUCCCAAACUUUAGAAUAUCUAUAGCUUCAUAUUAGUGCCAUACGAUUAUAAGUGAUUCUAAUGAUGAUUAGAAAAAAAAAUAUGUAAAAAAAAAUAGUUUGGGAGCUAUAAGUUUUGUCUCUGACGAUAGGCUGGGAUCGUCAGAUACAUCCAAAGUGUAAUGCACUCUAAGUGAUAAUGUUGUUAUGUCUUUGUUACUCUUAU